GCCAUGGCUCAGGCAUUUGUGAUAAACAAAAAAUUAGACCGCUUUUCAUGUGGCCUGACUCAUUUGAUGACUGAAAUGACUGUGAACAGAGCGAAUCAUUCAUCAAAUCCUGACGUCAUAUUCUUGCACAAUGACGUCAUUGAUGUUUGUCAGCAACCCAUCACAGUCUGAAAUCUACUGAGCAGAACGUAAAUUGAUGGUUUUAAUCUCAUGGAAAGGCUGGUUUCCAGCCUAAAAGGGGCGUUAAACGUUGGUGCUCAAUAAAAACAAUGACGGAAGAGGUCAUGGGAAGAGCAGGUGAUCCCAACGACGAGUUGAUUGCUCCAACAGAGGAUGUAAUCUCAUCGACAGAAAAUAGCACUGCGAGCACGGUCAGCUUGAAAGACAGUCGAAGAUCAUGGAUUGUCUGCUUCGCUGGAUUUCUCAUUCAAGUUUUAAUCGUUGGCAUAUUGCACGUCUGGGGUGUAUUUUUCCUCUCUAUAUGCAACGAGUUUAACGCCAGUAGAGCUGAGGUCUCAUGGGUUGGAUCUGCAGGAUAUGGUGUCACAAUGUUAUUUGGUCCUCUGGCGAGUGGGCUUAUCAAAAAGAUUGGAGCGCGUAAAACGGCAAUGAUGGGAACUAUCCUAUGUGUAAUAGGAAUACUUACGUCAUCAUUUGCCGAGUCUCUGACGGUGAUGUUCCUGACCUUCUCCUUGGUAUUUGGCCUGGGCUGCUGCUUUGCUUACACACCUACUAUGUGUAUUACGGGAGACUAUUUUGAUAAGUACAUGACAGUGGCUACUGGAUUCAUGGUCGCCGGAAGUAGUACUGGAACGUUAAUCCUGGCACCGAUCUCCCAGGCACUCAUAGACAGUAUUGGUUGGCGUAACGCCUUCAGGGUCCUGGCAGCGUUUGCUUGUCUUACAUUGUGGAGUGGUUGGCAGUUCGUACCACUCCCUGGGACACCAGUAAAUAGACCACCCGAGCAAACAAUCAAAAAGUCGAUGGCGAGACGUCUAAUGGCAGACCUGCGCCUUUGGAAAAAUAAAGCAUUUGUAGUCUGGACGCUAAGUAUUACCUGCGUUAUGUUCGGCUAUUACAUACCUUAUGUCCACUUGGUGUCCUAUGCUGAGACUAUUGGGAUUCCUCCAGAAAAAGGUUCCAUUUUGGUGAUGUGCCUUGGCGCGUCCACGGCAACGGGGCGGAUCAUGUUUGGAAAGAUCGUGAAGUCGGGAGUGAUGAACCGGCUCCAUAUGCACCAGCUUUCCAUGGUCGUUACAGGAGCUGCCAGUAUGCUUCUUCCACUCAUUAAGAGUUUCCCAGGUCUCAUCAUCUACGUCAUUUGUGUUGGCCUUGUGGACGGUUGCUAUGUGGUACUUCUACCCGUGAUGACGUCUGCAUUAGUAGGGGCAGAUAAUACAGUCCUUGCCUGGGGAUUCCUCAUUGGUACAUCUUCUUUCACGUUCACCCUGGGACCUCCUGUUGCAGGUUGGCUUUUCGAUUCAAACGGUUCAUACGACGUUGCUUUCCACAUAGCGGGCAUCCCUGUUAUUCUAGGAGCGAUUGCUUUGCUUCUCAUCCCUUGGGCCCAACGCACGUCCACAUCCACCAACGUCAUGGUGGCAGCGCGGCCUACGUACGCAACUCUCGAUGAAUUAGUAGUCGAUGACAAAACAAACGAAGGUGACUCGCUGAGUGACGACGAUUCAAAUAAUGGCGUAGUAAUUGAACGACCAGGAAAGUUCCUUAUAAUCGAACUGGACGAAGAUAGCGAUCGAAAACUAACGGUAGGAGCCUGUAAACUGGUAAACCCAAUCCAUCAGAACCUAAGAGGUCGACGCCAUCGCAGUAUUUCUGUGUCAUGCCCGAAUGAGAUUCCAGAUUACGUGGUUCAGAAUCUAGAUGCUAUGGGAGCUCUUACUCCGAGUAUGGAGAAACUGGCACAAGCAAGAGAAAGGGCCCAUGAGGAAUCCCAUUCGGUUAUACCUAAACCAAGAAAGAGAACCAUAAGUGAAGGAUCGGCCCCCGCAUAUCUGAGCGUACAGGAUCCACAAUUAAUGCGACAUGUCGGCGUGGAUGAUGACGUCAUCUUAGAUGCAUUGUCUCCCACAGAUGAUGCAAAUUCUGCAACAAAUCCCUGGAUGCAAGCGACAUCACCCCCCUCUAUACGUAGCCCUCAUCUAAUUCUAGGAACGCACUCCUCGAGCAACAGCCUAUUUCCUUCAACGCAUAGCUUAGAGCCCGUACCUGAGGAACCAUCUGUAACUAUGACAGCAAACAUUAACGAUGUUGCUAUAGUAACCACUACUGACGCUACGGCCAAUAAUACCCAAACACCUGGAAAUCCAUUUAUUGUACAAAGGGAAGAUUCUACAAGAAGUUCUAGCUCAGAAGGAAAUAGUUGGGAUUUUGUCGAAAAUGAAAGCUUAUUUAUAAACCAGGAAACAAAGGAAAAUGACAGUAGCCAAGAUGUUACACAAAUAUAAUAGAAAAAAUAAUAAUAUUUAUUUAUGUGUUGUUUUAAAUUGAAUAUAUUUUUGAUAUAUUUCAUGAAUGAAUUUAAAUAAUGAAUGAAAUAUAAAUAUGGUACAAUACUACAUCAAUAAUAAAA